GCUGCACCAACCACAACUACUGUUGCACCAACUACAACUACUGCUGCACCAACCACAACUACUGCUGCACCAACUACAACUACUGCUGCACCAACAACUACAUCUGCACUAACUACAACUACUGCUGCACCAACUACAACUACUGCUGCACUAAUUUCAACUACUGCUGCACCAACUACAACUACUGCUGCACCAACCACAACUACUGCUGCACCAACCACAACUACUGCUGCACCAACUACAACUACUGCUGCACCAACAACUACUGCUGCACCAACUACAACUACUGCUGCACCAACUACAACUACAGCUGCACUAACUACAACUGCUGUUGCACCAACCACAACUACUGCUGCACCAACUACAACUACUGAUGCACCAACAACAACUACUACUGCACCAACUACAACUACUGCUGCACCAACUAACACUACAGCUGCACUAACUACAACUACUGUUGCACCAACCACAACUACAACUGCACUAACUACAACUACUGCUGCACCAACUACUGCUGCACCAACUACAACUACUGCUGCACCAACUACAACUACAGCUGCACUAACUACAACUACUGCUGCACCAACUACAACUACUGUUGCACCAACCACAACUACUGCUGCACCAACAACUACAACUGCUGCACCAACUACAACUACUGCUGCACCAACUACAACUACUGCUGCACCAACUACAACUACUGCUGCACCAACUACAACUACAGCUGCACUAACUACAACUACUUUUGCACCAACCACAACUACAGCUGCACUAACUACAACUACUGCUGCACCAACUACUGCUGCACCAACUACAACUACUGCUGCACCAACUACAACUACAGCUGCACUCACUACAACUACUGUUGCACCAACUACAACUGCUGCACCAACAACUACAGCUGCACUAACUACAACUACUUCUGCACCAACAUCUACAGCUUCACCAACUACAACUACUGCUGCACCAACAACUACAGCUGCACUAACUACAACUACUGCCUCACCAACUACAACUACUGCUGCCCAAACAACUACAGCUGCACCAACUACAACUACAGCUGCACUAACUACAACUACUGCUGCACCAACUACAACAGCUGCACCAACAACUACAGCGGCACCAACCAACCACUACUCCAACUACCACACCAACCACUACUGCAACUACCACACCAACUACUACUACAACUACCAGACCAACCACUACUACAACUACCACACCAACCACUACUCCAACUACCACACCAACCACUACUCCAACUACCAGACCAACCACUACGACAACUACCAGACCAACCACUGCUACAACUACCAGAUCAACCACUACUACAACUACCACACCAACCGCUACUCCAACUACCAGACCAACCACUACUCCAACUACCAGACCAACUACUACUACAACUACAACAACUGCAACUACAUCAACUCAAUCAGCCACCACUUCGUCAAACACCAGUGA